AUGUUCCACUUCAAGAUUAUCAGCUGUAAGGAUCUUCCUAGAAAGGAUGCCAACGGACUUAUAGAUUCUUACGUAGUUAUCGAAACAAAGGGCAAGGAAAACAAAGCAAGACCAGGUGGCAAAACAAAAGUUGUCCAAAAUGAUUUAAACCCAGUCUACCCAGACCAAACUUUCGACAUUCCAUCCGAUAACUGCUAUACAGUUAAAUUCACAGUUAUGGAUGAAGAUGUUCUGAAAGACGAUAUGGCUUGCUGGAUCAAGAUCAAAGUUCCAUCUCUCAUGACAAGGCUCGGAGAUAAAAUCACAAAGGAGAUGCUUGUUAAGAACCCAGAAAACCAUCCAAAUUGCCGCCCAGCAAUCACCUUCAUGGUUACUCUCGAUGGCGAUCUUGCAUCAGAUCACCCAGCUAAAGACGCCCAGGUUGCAAUUCCACCAAAGCCAAAGUACGAACCACUUGUUAUCGAGCCAGUCAAGGAUCACAACAUCUAUGUUUACAACAUUCUUGUUCUUGAUCCAGAAAACAAGAAAUAUUACUUCUCAGAGAACCCAACCGUUCCAUCGUUCAUCAAGAAGGAGGGCGAUAAAUAUACAAUCGAUCAUAACGGCCGCAAGCUUAUCGUUAUCCCGGUUUUCAGAACAACUCGUGACUUUAAGAAGACAGUUUUGAAGGUUAAGGCUAACGACCUUACCCUUGAGCAGACCCUCAUCUAUCGUGGCGAAUGGCUCAUGGAUAAGGCCCUUAAUCUCCCAUCUAAGGAAAUCAAGCAGAUCCAUCCAUUCCAGCGUAACCAAUACAACACUCAGAACUGGGUUUCUCUUCUUCCAGAACAAAUUAAGCCAGCUGGUGAAUACACCACUUACUAA